AUAUUAUUGAGAAUGUGUGGAUUAAACAAUCUGUAUUUAGACACGAAAACGUGUUCUAAGACGUGCAUAGCAAUCAUACAAGAUAUGCAUACCAUUUCUUCACAAAAUCCGAACUUUUUUACAACUUUUGGAAUCUGGGUUAUAUCAAUUCAUGAUUCAUGACACCAUCGUGCUUUUGAUAGAAAUCAUAAACCACAAUGCACAGGAAAUAAAAUCUUCCCCUAGUCUUCCCAUCUCUCAAACUUCUGGGAUCAUCAGAAUUAAGAACCGGAAAUGGCGGCACCAAAGCUGGAAUCUUUCAGGCGGGGUAGCAUGUUCGAUGGAUCUUUCAGGCGAGGUAGUAUGUUCGAUGGUUCGUUUAGACAAAGCAUAAAAGAUAGGCUUAUCCCACAACAUACCAGAGGCUAUUCCUAUGUCAACGAAGACGGGAUCCCCAACGAAGACAGUACUUCUGUUCGUUGCUGCUCAUACAGGUACUUCUCCGACAAGAUCACUGCGCUUGUGAAGAAAUCACAGGAUGUUUUUGUUACAGCAUGGACGAUGGGAACAUCUGACCCGAGGAAGAUCAUAUUCUCGGCGAAGAUGGGUUUGGCUCUGACACUUACCUCUAUCCUCAUAUUCUUUAAGAUCCCAGGAUUAGAGCUCAGCAGCCACUAUCUCUGGGCAAUUCUCACAGUAGUUGUUAUCUUCGAGUUCAGUAUAGGAGCCACCUUUAGCAAAGGAUGCAACCGGGGACUAGGAACAUUAUCUGCAGGAGGAUUGGCGCUUGGCAUGGCUUGGAUAUCUGAGAAGACAGGAAAUUGGGCAGAGGUUUUUAAUGCUUCCAGCAUCUUUGUAGUAGCCUUUUUUGCGACUUAUGCAAAGCUGUAUCCAACGUUGAAGGCAUAUGAGUACGGAUUCCGGGUGUUCUUGCUGACCUAUUGCUAUGUAAUAGUGUCAGGAUACAAAACAGGGGAAUUCAUGGAUACUGCUGUUUCAAGGUUCCUUCUGAUAGCUCUUGGUGCCUGUAUUGGCCUCGUUGUGAAUACUUGCAUCUAUCCCAUAUGGGCUGGAGAAGAUCUCCAUAACUUGGUUGCUAAGAACUUUGUGAAUGUAGCGACUUCUUUGGAAGGUUGCAUAAACGCAUAUCUUGAUUGCGUAGCAUAUGAUACGAUCCCAUCUAGGAUUCUAGUCUAUGCAGCUGUCACAGAAGACCCAGUGUACAGUGGUUACAGAUCAGCUGUUCAAUCUACAAGCCAAGAAGACACUCUGAUGGGUUUUGCAUCAUGGGAGCCACCACACGGUCCAUACAAAUCCUUUAGAUAUCCAUGGGCAAUGUAUGUGAAAGUAGGUGGUGCAUUGAGGCAUUGUGCUUUCAUGGUCAUGGCAUUACAUGGCUGCAUUCUCUCAGAGAUUCAGGCUGCAGAGGAUAGAAGACAAGAGUUUCGCAAUGAGCUUCAAAGAGUAGGCAUAGAAGGAGCAAAAGUACUCAGAUACAUUGGGGAAAAACUAAAAAAGAUGGAGAAACUAAACCCAAUAAUAGACAUACUCCACGAGGUUCACCUAGCAGCCGAAGAACUACAGAACAAAAUCGACAAGAAAUCGUACCUUCUCGUGAACGCCAAGAACUGGGAAAUCGGGAAUCGGGAUAGAGAAGGUUCGAGUGACGAACACAAAAUCUCGAAUCUCGACGGGGAUCUAACCCGGAUCUUGGCUCAUAAAUCCCAGAGUGAAGCCACGCUUCGUCCACCUCCGAAUUGGGAUGCUGUUACUACAGCUAAGAACUUGAAUUCGGCGACGAUGUAUCCUCACCAGCAAUCAAGGACGGUGAUACAAACACAGGCGUCGUGGCCUAGCCGGAUCUCUAUAAUGCAGGGAAGUAUGUUACAGCCACCAAUGGAAGAGGCGUCGAUGAUGUACGAGAGCGCGAGUAAUUUGUCUCUAGCUACGUUCGCUUCGCUACUGAUCGAAUUCGUCGCGAGGCUUGACAAUCUCGUGAAUGCGUACGAUGAGCUGAGUGUGAAAGCUAAUUUCAACGAAGCUGUUACUGAGUGAAGACGACGAAACCAUCGGACUGUGUAACCUUUGUAUUUUGUUAAUUAAAUAACUUAAUGUUGAAUUGUUAUUAAUUGACAACGAUGUCGUUGUAGUAUAGUGGUAAGUAUUCCCGCCUGUCACGCGGGUGACCCGGGUUCGAUC